CCCGGGAGUUAGCUCUGGAUUCUCUUCCCACACCUCUCGGCGGGUACCUGCACCCUGCGCCCCUCGUUCCCGGCCGGCCGGGCCCCGCCUCCUCUGGGGCGGACGAUGGGCGGGGGAGGGGACGGGCGGGUAAAAGGGAGGCCGGGCCAGGGCCGGGCUGCCUCUGCCCGCGCCGCCGUGUACGCCCAGCCCCGCACGGCGGAGAAGGCGCUGCGGGACCUCGUCACGCCGGGCAGCCCAGACGCGAGAGUGAUCCCGGCCCCUGUGCACUUCGGACUGAGGGCUGCCCACCUUCCAGCCCUCACGUCAUGCGGAGUGCCCCGGCAGAUAAAGGUGCUGCCAUUUGGACCGAGUCUUAGUCAAACCGUCUCUAACACAGACAUCUGGGAGCAGGACCCAGGAUAUAUGAGCUGCCACCACCACCACCCUCGUUCCCUCCCACGCCGACAGAUGGUGAAACUGAGGCCAGGACAGCAGAGAGGACUUCAUUAUCUUGGUUUUUAAAACCACACACCUGGUUAAGUACAAGUCAAGACCUGUUUGGAAAAGCCUUUUGACCCAGAAUCACUAAGAGCUGUUCCAAGAUAGGACAGGACAUAAGAAGUGCACUCAAAGUAGCUUGGCCUGAAAAUAGAAAGUGAGAAGAAAGUUAUAGACUGGCUGCAUUGAGGAAUGAAGACCUGCUGUCUUCCACCAAUCUGAUUGCCUUUCUCAGGGAGGCUGAAGCAUCUAUCUCCAGAAAUGUCUUCAGAAAGCACAGAGCAACAUGACCUUUCACCCACGGACUCAGUUGGAGGAAAUGACCGAUACAGUCUUCCAUCUAGGAUCCACCUGGAACUUGAAAAGGAAUCAAGUACUGACUUCAAGCAAUUUGAAGCUAAUAAUCAAUGCAGACAUUAUGCUAGGAUCCACGUGGAGCCUCAAGAGAAAUCAAAUACUAACUUUAAGCAGUUUGUCAUAAAAAAACUACAGAAGAGUUGCCAAUGUAGCCCAACCAAAGCAAAAAAUACGAUUUUUGGUUUCAUUCCUGUUUUGCAGUGGCUCCCAAAAUAUGAUCUGAAGAAAAACAUUUUAGGAGAUGUGAUGUCUGGCUUGAUUGUGGGCAUCUUGCUGGUGCCCCAGUCCAUUGCUUAUUCCCUCUUGGCUGGCCAAGAACCAAUCUAUGGUCUGUACACAUCGUUUUUUGCCAGCAUCAUUUAUUUCCUACUGGGAACUUCCCGUCACAUCUCUGUGGGCAUUUUUGGAAUACUGUGCCUUAUGAUUGGUGAGGUAGUUGACCGAGAACUGAACAAAGCUGGCUAUGACACUGCCCACAUUGCCCCUUCUUUAGGAACGGUUUCAAGUGAGAGCACAUUAUUAAACCAGACAUCAGACAGGAUAUGUGACAGAAGUUGCUAUGCAAUUGCAGUUGGCAGCACCGUAACCUUUAUGGCUGGAGUUUAUCAGGUAGCAAUGGGCUUCUUUCAAGUGGGUUUUAUUUCUGUCUACCUCUCGGAUGCCUUGCUGAGUGGAUUUGUCACUGGUGCCUCCUUCACUAUUCUUACAUCUCAGGCCAAGUAUCUCCUUGGGCUCAGCCUUCCUCGGAGUAAUGGCGUGGGCUCGCUCAUCACUACUUGGAUACAUAUCUUCAGGAACAUCCAUAAGACCAACAUCUGUGAUCUCAUCACCAGCCUUUUGUGCCUUUUGGUUCUUUUGCCAACCAAAGAGCUCAACGAGCACUUCAAGUCAAAGCUUAAGGCACCAAUUCCCACUGAACUCUUUGUCAUCGUGGCAGCCACGUUAGCCUCUCACUUUGGAAAACUAAAUGAGAAGUACAAUACCAGUAUUUCCGGACAUAUUCCCACUGGGUUUAUACCACCCAGAGCACCGGACUGGAACUUAAUUCCUAGUGUGGCUAUAGACGCAAUAGCUAUGUCUAUCAUCGGUUUUGCCAUUACUGUAUCACUUUCUGAGAUGUUUGCCAAAAAACACGGCUACACAGUUAGAGCGAACCAGGAAAUGUACGCCAUUGGCUUUUGCAAUAUCGUUCCUUCCUUCUUCCACUGCUUUACUACUAGUGCAGCUCUUGCAAAGACAUUGGUUAAAGAAUCAACAGGCUGCCAAACUCAGCUUUCAGGGGUGGUGACAGCUCUGGUUCUUCUGCUGGUCCUCCUGGUAAUAGCUCCUUUAUUCUAUUCCCUUCAGAAAAGUGUCCUUGGUGUGAUCACUAUCGUAAAUCUCCGGGGAGCUCUGCGUAAAUUUAAGGAUCUGCCCAAGAUGUGGAGGGUUAACAGAAUGGACACAGUGAUCUGGUUUGUUACUAUGCUGUCCUCUGCACUGAUCAGUACUGAAAUAGGCCUGCUUAUUGGGGUCUGUUUCUCUAUGUUUUGUGUCAUCCUUCGCACUCAGAAGCCAAAGAGUUCAUUGCUUGGCUUGGUGGAAGAGUCUGAAAUAUUUGAAUCCAUGUCUGCUUACAAGAACCUUCAGGCUAAGCCACACAUCAAGAUUUUCCGCUUUCUAGCCCCUCUCUACUACAUAAACAAAGAAUAUUUUAAAUCUGCUUUGUACAAAAAAACUCUCAACCCAGUCUUAGUAAAGGCAGCUCAAAAGAAGGCGGCAAAAAGAAAGAUCCAAAAGGAAACAGUGACUUUCAGUGGAAUCCAGGAUGAAGUUUCAGUGCAAUUUUCCCAUGAUCUCUUGGAGCUCCACACCAUAGUGAUUGACUGUAGUGCAAUCCAGUUUUUAGAUACAGCUGGGAUCCAAACACUGAAAGAAAUUCGCAGAGAUUAUGAAGCCAUUGGCAUCCAAGUUCUGCUGGCUCAAUGCAACCCCUCUGUGAGGGAUUCCUUGGCCCGGGCAGAGUAUUGCCAAAGGGAAGAUGAAAACCUCUUUUAUAGUGUAUAUGAAGCAGUGGCUUUUGCAGAAGAAACUCAAAAUCAGAAAGGAAUAUGUAUUCCUAAUGGUCAGAGUCUUUCCAGUGAUCAAUCGAUUAAGUAAAUGGAAGGAAGAAUAAUGUUUAGCCAAUAGCAACUUGUACACUUGACCUUUUAAACUAUUGGCUAGAUAUUAUUCUUCCUUCAAAGCUGAUGGCCUUUGUAGAUACACAAAUACAGCAGAGUUUAUAGUUAGGCAGAAUCAAAAAGAAGAAAAUAUUGGGGGUUUCAAGCUUUCUUGCAGAUAUGACGUAUGCUUGGAAUUAAAUAUCUAUUAUGUAGUAGCCCUAAAACUUAGUAACCAUCCUGUUUUAGGAGAUAGGCAUUUGGGCUCUUCCUUCUCAAGGAGGUUAAGGGGUGAAGUUGACAUUUACCUGCGAAGUGCUGGAACCUACAUGAUACGGUUCUUGGGAGAGAGUGGAAAGGAGGCAGGGAAAGAAUGUUGUGCCGGCUCCUGUACCAGCAGAUCAAGAGGCUUCCGGAGCACAAAGUAAUAACUAGACAAGUUUGUUCUUCUUUAGACUUCUCCAUACCCAGUCUCUGCUCUCCAGAUGGCAGCAGGAUCUCUGGCGUUUAAUAGGAAAGCACCAUUCCUUUCUUUACGGCAGGGAACCCUGGCGACCGUCCCAUCAGGAGUCUGAUGGCCGGGCAUGUUUGUGAAAUCCUACCAGCCAGCUUCACAUUUUAUAUAAUUGCACUCUCUGUAAUACAUGUUUCCAGUCAUGCCUUUUUUUUUUUUUUUUUUUUUUUUUUUAGGGUAAGUAGGUAAGCAAAGAGCUCUUCAUAAUCAGCACAAAUGAUGGGAAUCCUCCGUAUCUUUUCUGUGAUCUCUAUCUGUCCCUGCUUUCUGAGUGUUUCCCUACCACUAAGCUCUAAUUUAGCUUUCAGUCUUUUAGUGUAUUUCCCAUGGAAACUGCUAUGGCUGAUCAUCAGUGACAAGCUUGCCAGAUAAGAGGCAGAAUACUGACUCUGCAAUUCUAUACAGCAUUUUAAAUGAGCUUGAGGCAAACUGUUAAGGACAGAUUGGAAAUAGGAAUGAUAGACAGUUUCAAUUAAGAAUUUGUUUACUUAGCAGUGGAUUUUUUUUUUUCCUUUUCAUGACAUUUUAGCAAGGGUCUGUUGGGGAUUGACAGUCUUUUUCAAAUAGAAGCUACUGUUCAUCUUUCCUCUGCAAGAAAAAUUUAUUGUAACCAAUGGAAAAGAAUGUACAGAAGCUUCCAAAGGCACAUCAAUAAUUAAUUUGUAGAUGUUUUAGUGAAAACAAAGUUAAUGCUUACUGCCAUGGGCCCUAUUGAUUUACAAUAAAUAUUGAUGACAGUGACAGCUUUUAACUCUUUGGGCUACCUAAAACGAUUAUGCAAGAGUAUUUUAGAGGCAUUACAUUCAUACAACCCAAUUAUGUAUUAUUUAUGAUAGCUGGCCACAGGUUGUGGCUACAAGAGUUCCUUUUGAAAAGAAAGAAUGUCUCUGACAUUGAAAGCUUAUAGUUCUGUAUCUGGACCUUGAUAGGUGAGAAAAAAACAGGUUUUCCAAAGUUAGGACUAGGAGACUAAUUUGUGUGAGAGUGAAACAUUUAAAACAAAAUAAUAUUUGCAAAAGUGCAAAAUCAUUUUUCAACUUGUUCCUACAUUCUAAACAAUUUAAAUAUUUAUGAGCGGCAAACCCUAUAUGUAGGGCAUGCAUUGGAGUCGGACAUUUUUAAACAUAUUUAGCUCUCUUGUCUCCAUAAACUGUAAGUGUUGUUUUUCUAUUGGUAGAGCUCUGCCCAUCUGGUUACAUGGAAAUUACCUUUCUGUUAUUAGAGCAUUUUCUCGGUAGAAAAGCUGGAUGUCUGUUUUUGAGGUGAUUGACAUCGUGAUUAAAUGUAAGUGUCCUGAAUUUUGACAUCCUUUUAGAGCUUAAGUCUAGAAUUUCAGAAAUGUUAACUGCUGUUUGUAUUCAUGGUCUUUUGGUUUGUUUUUAGCCAAUAUUUGCUCUUUCGAUCCAGUUUUAUGAAUAGUAAAAUUGUAGUAUCUUGGUCAAUCCUUUGUUUUCCCUCUUGUCUCCCUUCCCCAAGCUAUGUUUGAAUCUAGACCAUUAUAGAUGUCUGAUGGCAUGUGACAGAAUAAUUAGGUCAUGCUUAAGACAACUCUAUAAUUUAUCAAACACUAGCACAGCAGCAAAAAAAAAAGUCCAAAGAAUUUGAAAAAUCCCUUAGAAGAAUGGAGUAAUAGGAUUUGACCUUUACCUGACAUUUCUCUCCAUAUGUGGAUAUAAACAGAGCUUAUUCUAGAGCUUUAUACAAUUAGCAGAUUCUUGAAUUGUGUUCUGGUUUAUACAUCCGCCACCCAAAGAAACAAACAAACAAGGUAGCCAGUUGUAAAAAUUUUAAGAUUUCACUAGAAUUUGUAUCUUACCCUCCUUGCGCGGGCUGAGGUCUGCCUAUACUCACACACUUUUAAAAUUUUUUGAUUGCUAGUAUUUAAAGAAAUCAAAGCCUAAUUCAUCAACAAAACUGAUGUUUCCAUUUGCUUUCUUACUCAAGGCCUUGGACUUGUAGGUCAUUAGGUGAUGUUUUACAAACUUUAUUGAUACAAAAAUAUCUUGCUUACUCUAAACUUUAUAGUCUAAAUGAAGCAUUUUCUCAUUGCUUAUUGACAAAUGUACAAAAUUCUGCAUAUCUUAAAAUGAUCACAGUUGAAAUGUAGCAUGUACACUCUUAUUGGUUAAAACUCUUACAAUCUUAUUUUUAGAUUUGUUAUAAUCAGCGGAGUGGAGUGUACCAAGGCACAGAGACUAAGGAUAACAUUCAAGAUAGGAGUGAAGGGAAUAGACCAUUGAAAAGACUAUCUCUGACCAAACAAGGGAAAAAAAGAGAGGGACUCAGUUGAAUAGGAUCUAAUCCCUGGUUAGCCCCACACAGCAGUAAGGGUGUCAGGAUUAGGAGCCACGCUUCAGUUUGAGAGCAAGGUCAAAACCAGGUUCUGUUGCUAGAAGGGGCAGGGCACAGAUUCACCCAAGAUGAAAGAACUGAGGAGCAUGCAGUAGCCAGGGGUGGGGCAAAAGCCCAGGUUGACCUACUCGGGAGCACUUGUGCUGUAGUACUGUCUGUGCUUCUGAUGGUAGUCAAAUUGACAGGUGUCUAAUUGACAAUUACUUUUUAAAAUCUGUAAUUAGGACCACAGGAAAACAAGAUUUGGGUAGUCUGAUGUAAUAAACAGCCGUGGACACUGAAGCCAAAUUGUUGGUAAAUUUACAGUUUGGUAAGUGAUGAUCUUUAAACGUGUGUCAUCUUCUCUUAGAACUUUGUCAGUUAAGAACACAGUCUGGAUGUUAGCUGUGUCUUAAUAUAAAAAUGAGAAAAGGGCUGUAGGGAAUUUCUUGGGAACUUAAAAUUGAGUCUAGGAGUUCUAACGAUAAAUUCAAGAUCUGAUCCUUAUUGUUUUUAAUGAAUUGUCUUCAUCCAUGCAGUGCUAGAGAUGAGCUGUAGGGUCUUUUUGCAUCAGUGUAGAUAAUACCUCAAAUACUUCCUGAGGACUUAUGCAGGAGUCUAGGGCCCUGUGCCAGGCGCUGGGACUAUGGUAGUAAAUCCAGUAGGUGGGUUGUAUGGUUACUCUCCUGGGGGACACACAGGCACUUAGAGGUGUUUAUGGAGGAGCUGAGCUAAGCCAGGACUGAGGUCUGAGCAGGAGGCGGGCAACUGAGGCGAGCAAGGAGGCAGAGAUGCCCUCGGUCUAGUCAGGGAAUGGUUCCCCAGUGACGUGGUAAAAACCCAAUCGAUAGGACUUAGACUAUGCUUAAUUUUUCUGUUCUUUAAUGUUUCUCUGUUUUUUCCUCUGAUGUUUUAUCUGUUCUAUUGAUGCCUUAUUUGAAACUGAGCUUAAAAACUGCAAAAGGAGGAAAUUGGAUCUAGAAAGCUUUUAGGCUCUAAAGUAAUUUGGCUGUUUUUUUUUGGUAUAAAGAUUUUAUAUAAUCAUGAAUGGAAUCAUUAAUUUGAGUGCUAAUCACAAGAACGAAAAUUAUAAUGUAACAGGCCAAAAUAAUGUCCAGCUGGUUUGUUAUCAUAGCCUAUUAUUAAAGUAAAAUACUAUUGAAAUACUCUAAGUUAAAGGUAUAUUUUAGUUAUUUUCUAAUAUUAGUAACUAGGAAUGGAGGAUUUAGAUGUGGGAGUGGGGGAGAUUUAUUUUUAUAAGGUAAUUUUUUAUUCUGACUAUUUUUUUAAAAAGUUUUUGCACCUUAAAUUUUAAAGUAAACAUGUUAAAUACAGUUAGGAAAGUUAAAUAAGCAUUAUACUUAACAGUGGGUGCUUUUGGUGUGUAUUUUCUUUUUCUCUCAGUGAUGUAAAAUAGGAAGGAGAUACUGAAUUAUGAAAACUGGAAUAAUGAAGGACACCAAAUGCCUUUACUGGAAAUACCAUGUUUAUAAAUCUCUGCUGGAACCAUAUAUAACCUUAGACUUGAAUUAUGACUCUGAAAAAGGCCAAAUAAUUACAAUCUUAUUACAAAAUACCAAUGACUGAAUUUCUAACUGAAGGUUUUUCAGUUAGCAAACAGACAAGCAGCCUAAGCCAGAAAGGAUUUUUAACUGCAGAUUUAAUACAAUUAUUUUAAGGAGUUCUCUUCCCACACCAUAUCCCCCAUCCCUAAAAUAAUAACAUACUUGGAGUCGAACAGCUGUUCUUUUUAAUUCAAAUUAGUUAGAAAAUUACUGUUUGAAUUCUGAUGCUACCAUGAUUUCUCAAAAAUUAGUGUGAACAAACCAAUCUAUAUAAAAUGCCAUCUUUUUGUCUUCUUUGCAAUUUUAUAUACAAACCAAGACAAUAUCAGGGUGACAGGUGAAUGAACUCAAAUUCUCAGUCUUGUCUAUUCUAUAAAAAGUAUACUGCCUUUUCUUUUUCAAUUAUUCAAGGCCAGUGACUUUUAGGAACAUGUUUUGUAUCACGUGUAUCUUUUUUUAAUUAAAGCAAGUGCCUUUAUGCUAUUCCACAUGAAUCAUGCUGAACACUCUGGGAUAAGGGUGAGUUGUUGAUGGACUGCAGCCUAGUGCAGGAGAGGUGGCGUUGGUUAAUAGCAGAUCCUUUUCUUCCGGAAAGAUGUUCAUGAUGUUUAUCAUGUAAGAUCCUGUAUGUGUUGAGAACUAGAGAUGUCAUUUCAUUUGUUUGCUAAUAAAUUGUUAAAUUAAUAAAAUAUUA